AUGUCCCCCAAUGCCACACCCUCGAUCACCACCGCACCAGAGGAAAAACUGAACCCUACCUUUCCUCGAGAUCCACUACCACCACCGCCGUCCGACGACGUCCCCUCGCCAGAAAAAACAGAAUACAUCCCCGGCGCCGCACUAGCACUCGUCCUCGCAAGCCUGACCCUAACCGUCUUCCUCCUCAUGCUCGACCAAUCCAUCCUCAGCACCGCCAUCCCGCAAAUAACAUCGCACUUCCACUCGCUCUCCGACGUAGGCUGUGCAUCCUUCCAACCCCUCACCGGAAAGUUCUACACGCACUUCCGCGCCAAGCCCGUCUUCCUGGUGCACCUGUUCGUCUUCGAGCUGGGCAGCCUGGUAUGCGGCGUGGCGCGCAGCUCGCAGAUGCUGAUUGCGGGGCGGGCGAUCGCGGGGCUGGGGGCGGCGGGGCUGGUUAAUGGCGCGUUGACGAUAUUGAGUGGGGCGGCGCCGUUGGAGAAGAGGCCUUUGUAUACGGGGCUUUUGUUGGGAAUCGGACAAUUAGGCAUCCUCUCCGGUCCGCUCGUCGGAGGCGCGUUGACGGAGUACACGACAUGGCGAUGGUGUUUCUACCUCAACCUCCCCAUCGGCGCCAUCUCCGCCCUCGUCCUCUUCCUAAUCGGCAUCCCAGACCUAACCCCCAAACUGCCCUUCACGCUGCCCCUCCUGCGCUCCAUCAUCCCCCUGCUCGACCUCCCCGGCUUCGUCCUCUUCGCCCCCGCCUCGAUAAUGUUCCUGCUCGCCGUGCAAUUCGGCGGCGACGGCAGCCACGCGUGGUCGUCGCCCACGAUCAUCGGCCUGUUCGUCGGCGCGGGGAUAAUUUUCCUACUCUUCAGCGCGUGGGAGUGGCGAGCGGGAGACAAAGCGAUGAUCCCGGGGAGUAUAUUGCGGAACCGCAUUGUGUUGAUGAGCACAGGGCAAGUGGCGUGCUUGACGGUUUGUCUCGUGGUGGCGAGCACAUGGCUGCCGAUGUACUUUCAAGCUGUCAGGGGCGAGGGCCCGACGAUGAGCGGGGUGGAUUUGCUGCCGAGUAUUUUGGCGCAGUUGCUGCUGUCGGUGGUGUCGGGGGCUGCUAUGUCGAAGCUGGGAUAUUACCUCCCGUGGGCAGUUUUCAGCGGCGCCGUAACUACGAUCGGUAACGGGCUUAUCUCGACGUUUUCGCCGACGACGAAGACGGCGUCGUGGAUUGGGUAUUUGAUCGUUGUGGGCGCGGGCCGUGGAGCUGGCAUGCAGGUUGCCUUCAUCGCAACCCAACACGCGCUCCCACGCGCCCUAAUCCCCACCUGCCUCGCCUUCCUGAUCUUCGCCCAAAACUUCCUCUCCGCCAUCUCCAUGCUCAUUGCCAACACGAUCUUCACGCAAACGCUCUUCUCGCAGCUCGCCAAGCACGCGCCCUCGGUCUCAGGGCCCGCCGCUCUGGCAGCCGGUGGGAGCGCCAGUGCCGUUCGCGGUCUCGUGCAACCCGGGCAUGAGGACGAGCUCGGUGGCGUGUUGCUGGCGUACAGCGAGAGUCUGAGGAAUGUGUGGUUGAUGAUUGUGGGGGUUGCGGGGGUGGGGUUUGUAUUUAGUUGGGGGAUUGGGUGGAGAGAUGUGAGGAAGAAGGAUGAUGGCGAGGGAGCCAAGGUGGAUGUAUGA